AUGAAGUCUUCUUGGGUAGCAUCAGAAGUUAGAGGUUGGGCUGGUUAUGUUAUUCUAGCAAAGCUUAGAAAUCUUCGUUGGGUUUUAAAGAAAUGGAAUAAUGAAGUGUUUAGGAAUGUGGCACACUCAGUGAAGGUAGUUGAAUCUGAUCUACAUAAUCUUGACUUAUUGGCUGAAUCAAGGGAGUUAUCCAAUGUUGAAGUAGAUCGAAGGAGACAGCUUAGAAAAGAAGUUUGGUUGUUGAACAAGAAACAAGAAUGGCUGUGGCUCCAGAAGUUCAGGUUGAAUUGGAGCAUGAUGGCGGAUAGGAACACGAGGUUUUUCCAUAUUGUGGUGUCUAGGAGACAAAGCAGGAAUUUGUUAAAUUCUGUAUCUGUGGCUGUUGGUCUUGAAGCAAGAUUCGCAGAGGAGGAGGUGUGGGCUGCUGUUAAGAGUUGUGAUGGGAACAAAGCUCUCGGUGGUGUUAAUAGUUCCUUUAUCACUCUUAUUCCUAAAGUUGAGGGUCUAGUUAGCAUUUCAGAGUACAGGCCAAUUAGUCUUAUUGGCUCUAUAUAUAAAAUCCUUGCUAGGAACAUUUUGGAUGGGGUCUUGAUUGCAAAUGAAGUAGUUGACUGGUGGAAAAGGAGUGGUCAGUCAGGUCUGAUUUUGAAACUAGAUUUCGAAAAAGCCUAUGACUCUGUGAGUUCGAACUGCCUUCUAUCUAUGAUGAGUAGGUUUGGGUUUGGAAUAAGAUGGAGAAAAUGGAUUCAGGAGUGUGUAUGUACUCCUAGAGUUUCUGUACUAGUUAAUGGGUCUCCUACGGCGGAGUUUAGUCCUGAAAAAGGUCUCAGGCAGGGAGAUCCCUUGUCACCUUUCCUCUUUAAUCUGGUAGCAGAGGGUUUAAACAUGUUAAUUCAAAGGGCAGGUGAAUCUGGGCUUAUCAUAGGAGCGGUUAUUGGUCAGGAUGGGUCAAGCACAACUAUCUCACACUUACAGUUCAGUGAUGAUACUAUAAUCUUUUGUAAGGCAGAUGUAGGGGAGAUGGUGAAGGACUGUGCUGGUGUGCUCAACUGUCGAAAUCAAAGUCUUCCUCUAGUUUAUCUUGGUUUGCCUCUUGGAGCCAGCCCUAGGUUGAAGAAAACUUGGAAAACAGUCAUCGAUAAAAUUAGGGCCAAAUUAGCAUCUUGGAAAAGGAAACUUCUUUCUUUUAGGGGUUGUCUAACUUUCAUCAGGUCUGUUUUGUCUAGUUUGCCUGUGUACUAUUUAUCCAUUUUUAAGAUGCCUCAAUAUGUGAUCAAGACAAUUGAUUGUUUGAGGGCGGCUUUCUUAUGGGGAGGGUCCGAAUUAAGGAGGAAGAUUCAUCUAGUUAAAUGGGAGGAGAUUACUAAAAUAAGGGAUCAAGGUGGGUUGGGAAUUAGAAGGUUAAAGGAUGUGAAUGAAUGUCUUCUAGCUAAAUGGUGGUGGAGAUUUUGUGUUGAAGAUAAAUCCUUGUGGAAGAGGGUUCUGUGUAGUAUGAACCAGUAUAAUGGUAGGAGAUGGUCGCCUUUUCUUUGUUAUGAUGAAUAUCUAUCUAAGGUAUGGGGUGGGAGUGUUGGCCAAUCAAACCCUCAAUUGAAAAGUAUCUUUCUUGACAAUGUUGAAUUGGUUGUGGGAAAUGGAGGCAGGACUCAGGUUUGGAUGGGUCAUUGGUGUGGGCAUCAGUGCCUUAUGGAGAAGUUCCCUAGGCUGUACAAUUUAUCAACAGAAAAAAGAUAUAACUUUAAGUGCAUUGCUGGAGAGGAAAAGAUUAUCAAGGGUCUGGGAACUAAAUUUUCGAAGAGUGUUGUUUGCUUGGGAGGCCGAGGAGUUGGAAAGUCCUUUUGUAGUGAGCACUGGUCUGUUAUGCUACAAUCUGGCUCCACCGAAAGUUCAAUUCCUUGGAAUGAUGUUGAAUCAAUUAAUCAUGUUCUUCUUUGGUGCCCUUUUGUAUGGAAAGUAUGGUCUAUAGUGUUGAACUGGUGGGGGCUACAGUGGGUUCUGCCUGGUAAUGUUGAACGGUUCCUACAUUGGUGGAUGGGAUUUAAAUGGAGAAAAUUUGAAGCUAGAAUUUGGAAAGUUAUUCCAUUGGCAGUCAUAUGGUUUACUUGGAAACUCAUAAAUAAAGUGGUCUUUACUGGGAAGUAG